UCAGUUGUAAGUAUAGAACGGAAGCGCAGUGUUUUUCAUACCUUCGGUUGGACUCCUUUUUUCUUCGGACUUGAACGGAUUUGGCGAAUAUAGGAUGGAAAAUAGCGAUUCGAAUUGUUUUGUUAUGGAGGAUGGUGUCGACGCGAGGAGUGAAAUUUAAAUUCUCCGAAGGAGAAAGGGUUCUGUGCUACGAACCGGAUCCCACCAAGGCAAAAGUUCUCUAUGAUUCUAAGGUAUUGGAAGUAAUAGUGAAUAAAGACACUAGGGGCAAGAAGAGUGUAGAAUACCUCAUUCACUUUCAGGGUUGGAAUUCCUCUUGGGAUCGGUGUGUGAGUGAAGAUUAUGUGCUGAAAGAUACAGACGAGAAUAGACAAUUGCAGAGAGACCUGGCGGAAAAGGCACAGUUACAAUUAGGUGCGUACCUGUAUCGACGCGAGCGCAAAAAGCGUCACCGUAAGCUGUCUGAAAAAAUUAACGAUAGCCUGGAGCAAAAAAAGGGCAGAAGAAAGGGAGGAGGGGGAGCAUCUUCAGAAGAUGGGAGUUCUGGGAGCCAGAGCCAGCGAGACGCAGAAGACAGUGAAGAAGAGGAAGAGGAGGAGGAGGAAGAAGAAGAGGAAGAUUUGUCUUCUUCUGCAGAGUCAUCAGCAGAAGACGAAGAGAGAGUUCCUCUUGAAUUAAGCGAUUGUCUUAAAAGACUUUUGGAACAAGACUAUGAACUUAUUACCAAAAAACAUAAGCUAGUGAAUCUCCCAGCGGAACCAAAUGUAGUCACUAUAUUAGAAGGAUACGUUAAACAUUGUGCGGUUAACCAGUUAUGCGGGAUAACUGACAAACCACAGAGGCGAUAUAGAUACCACCAGAAUAAUAAAAUGAGAGAUCUUGAUAGAGCUUGUCGAAGUCUCAACAUCUGUAAAGAAGUAGUGGAUGGUGUUAGAAUCUAUUUUGACUUCACAUUGGGUGAUUUACUCUUGUACAAUCCAGAGAGAGAACAAUUUGAGCAGCUACGAACUCGUCAGAGUAUAAAACAAGAAUGCAUAGAGGUUUUCGAUGAACUCAGCAACCUGGUCAAACAAGAAAUUGAGGAUGAUGAGGAUAGCCAACCACAUACCCCUGAUGGAGAGGGUCUGGCCAGUGCAAAUAUUUCUAGUACUAACAAUGUUGAUGAAACGGGUGCAGAUAAUGGAGAACCUGAUAUAGGAAGGAAGCGGAGCUUACGUAGCUCACAUCGACCCCCAUGUACAGACAGCAACGAGGGGACUGGGAGUACAUACCAGACAACUAACAUUGAAAGCAAUGGUAUAGGCAAAUUUAAUUUACGAAAUAUGAGCAGAAACAAUGACGUGGGAUUUUCUGUGCUGAACAUCAAACAGGAAAAUCCUAAUUCGCAUAACCUGUCCAGCUUGACAAGUACAAGCUCUCGUUGUUCAACUCCUACCACUAGCAUGCUGCCUGGAGGAAGUUCAACCGCGGCACUGGUGCAUUCGUCUACGAUACCCAGCAUAACUUCUGCAUCCCCUAAGACGAAUUCGCUGCUUUCAAAAAUAUUAUCCUGGCAGUUAGUACCUGAUCAGCUUUAUUGCCAAGUUCCAGUACCUCCGUCAUUAGUAUAUGGGGCAGUGCACUUAACAAGACUCUUCGUGAAACUUCCUGAUCUUCUCUACGCAACAAAUAUGCCUGAUAGGAAACUUAAAGUUCUGUUACGGCACUUGGAUCAGUUUCUGAACUACUAGAAGAGCACAACAGAAUGGUUUGGUGAAGAAUACUAUAAAGAUAAUCCUUCUUCAGUGUGAGUCUCUGUUGAUGUAAAUUUUAACUUAGUAGUACUCAUAAAAAUAUGUUGAAUGAGGAUCUCUGUGUAUCUGUGAUAAUGUGAUCUACUGUUAAGUAACUUUCCUAUAAGUGCUGAGUACGUUGCUUUGCUGAGAAACAGAUUUGAGAACUUCAGUGAAUUGUGUCUAUCUCUAUUGGAAACCAACAUAAAUACAAAUCAAAUAUUUUCAAAUAUGAGAGAAACUGUUGAUGCAGAAAAUGUUUUCUUUGUUUCGGAAAUGAUGCAAAAUUUUAUGACAGUGUUGAGUGUAUUAAUAGUAGCCAGUAAAAGUAUCCCUUUUCCACUGCAGACGCCACUACUUAAUUGUAGUAAAGUGGGAUUGCCAACUAACUUUAUUAGUAAAAUCUAAUGCAUCAAAAGAUGUUUGACUUUGUAAGACAUAACAAAUGUAUUUUAAUAACUGCAAAUAGAAUUAUCAUUUAAAAAUGUAUGAUUCCAUUGCAUAACAGAACAUUUCCAUUAAUUAAAUUUGCAUACAUUUCUUAAUUUCAUAUAAAGUCAUUAAUUCGUCUUUUAACAUACAAUAAUUCUAUUUAUGUAUUUAGGAAAAUUUUAGAAGUAUUUUAUGUCACAUAUUGUGAAUGGGGCAUUGAUGAGAAUUUUUAUCAAACAAAACAUUAUCUACUCCUUAUUCAUUAUGCUUCUGUCCUUUCCGAAUGAAUUAAUCAAAUAAAUGAAACUUGGGCAGUGGUAGGUACUUGCACCUUAGCUUUACAGAGUGAAGUCUGACUAUCGCUCAUUGAACAUUUUGGCAUGUUAUGACAAAUCUUGUACACCUGCCAUAAAUAAUGGGUUUUAUCAGACAUAACUCAAAUUAAUUUUCUUAGACAUAUAGUUGCAUUGCAUUCCAGAAAUAAAAGAGAGAAGCAUUUAUUCUUUCAGUAUAAUGAAAGAAUAACCAGGAAGAGAAACUAAUUGUUGCACAUGAAUUUGCUGAUUGUAAAAAAGGUUCAUUUCAAUUAAUGAUCUGAAUAAGAUUUCAGUAAACAAAAUCAAGCUUAUGGGAGGUAAGAGAAUGGUGUAAAUACAAUUUUUGCAGAUGUUAUAUAAAUAUUUUCAUUUCUAGUUUCAUUUUCACAUGAAUUAAGUGCAUAAAGAAACAGAAAAGUGAAUCUCCCAAAUGAUCAAUUGGUGCAGGUUCUUUCCAUUGAAUAUACUGGCCUCUUUCUGCCAAUAAAUUGGUGUUGUGAAACGAGUAAUAAUUUCCUGUCUUUAAGAACAUUAAACAAAAUUUACUGUUUUAGAUGAAGUUUGGUCAUCAGUUAUGUAUAAAAAUUAUGUGGAGGAAAGGACUGGUUUGUAAUGUUUUUAAGGCAUACAUUUCAACAUACAAUACAAAUUUUAUAGUAUUGUUUGUGCAGCUAAAAAAGCUUAAAUUUCAUUAUUGAAAAGUAUGAAAGUUAUUUGGCAGUCUCACUGUUAGAAGUGUUUUACCGUAAUAAAAACUAUAAGAAUUUAGAUGAGAUGAUAACUAAUGUUCAAAGUACAAAGUGACACUGAAUCUAAAGAUUGGUUAUUGAUUGCUAGAUGUUUAUUGUGUAAGUAGAUCAAUUCAGCAUAAUUUUUAUUCGUUUACAAUUUUUAUAUUUCAUCUCUUUCAAAUACGUAUGUAUUAAUGUGUGAAAUUUCUUUUUCAAAAGCAUGAUUUAAGAUAUGAUAAAUAUCAUCAUUCGCUGUUGUUACAUUCAGUGAUAUGUUUUUCCAUAUCAUCACCUUUCUUUACAAAACAUACAAGCCCAAUUUGCCUUGGCUUAUAUAUUGUAAAUAGAAUCAAAGAAAAAUUACCUGAAGAAUAUAAAUUUGAAAAAUUUGUAAAUCUAUCAAUGGAAAAUAUGUAAUUGUCCCUGGAAGACAGUUUAAGAAAACUCAAAACAGUCUUCUGAGUGACUAAUUUUCAUUAAAUGACUCAUAACUGUAAUACCAUCCUACAAUACAAUAGACUCCUGAUUAUCUCAGAAUUCAGAUAGACACUAUCCGAUAUGAAAACACUUGGAUAAUCUGGUAUCCAUUGCAAAAAUUAAGAUACUUUUUUCAUUUAUAUUUUCCGUAUUCUGUGGACAACCCAAACUGAGUGACAAUGACAAAUGCCAAACAGUUUGGCCAACAGUUAUUGGAUGAUUAUCAAAUUGGGAAGGGCCCAAAAUUUCAAAAAUUGGAGGCGGCUUUGCCCUAGGCUUGCUUCUAUUUUAACAACCAAUUUAUACACUUUUUUUCAGUGGAUUCAUUUUUUUUUCCCCUAAAGACUGCCUCUUAACAAGCCCUCAGAUAAUUAUGAGCCUACUGUAAUUAUAAAAAUUCCUUUUGAGAUACGGUACUUUAUGACUUCCUGAUAAGUGUUAUAAUUAUAUGGUUUCAGAAAGGUGAUGAUCUGAUGGUUGUUGUCAUCGGAAUUAGUCUAAUAAUCUUUCACUGUUAAAUUUCAAAUGAAUUACCUGUUAACUUCCUUAACUAUUGUCAUAAUCAUAAAAAUUACUGAAGGUAUCUUUGAUGUUAAUAAUGUAUGAAUGAAUUGUAUGUAUAUCCAGGUACUGCAAUUGUUUAAUUUAAUAUUUGUACCUGACAGUUUUAAAUUUUGUUCUUUAUACACUUAGCACACUUAAGUUAUUUCACUUGAAUGCUCCAUUGAAUUAAUGAAUAUGGACACAGAAUCUUGGAAAAAUCAGUUUUGUCAUUUAUCAAAACUACAAAAAUGGAACGUUACAACUCAAACAAAAAUGUAGCGGCUCACGAAAAGGAGUAGUUAUGUAGGAAAAUUUAGUUUGUUUAUAAUUUUUUUAUGUGCAUGAUUAAAAUGUACAACUUGUGAUAAUAUAAAUGCAAAUUAUUGUUAUAACCUAAUUAUGUAGCUUUCUCUUACAAAUUAUGACUUAAAAAAAUAAUAAUGCCAGUCAGCGAAAAGAGGAUUGCUAAUUUUUAGUUUAUUUUUUUUAACAUUUAAAAGUAAUUUAUAACAGCAUUUUGAAAAAUUUAUUUGUAUUAUUCUAUGAUGUUAUGGAGCAAUCAGUGAUAUAAUUAAGGAGUGUUUACAGAUUUUUAUUAUUUGGAGUCAAAUUUAGUUGUGAUAAAAAACCAGAUAAAUAAAAGUAAUUUUUACAAUUAUAUGAUUUGUUUUCUU